GAUUGCUAUGCGGAGAUGGGCCAAGGUCGUAGAGAAAAUUGCGGAUCCAACUGUCAUUCUACUACCGGUAUGUACCAACCUUGUCGUUCAUCGAAUGGUCCAUCUGUUAAAACCAAUUGUGUAACAACCUUAGCCCAACAAGAAGCGGUUUGUUUACAGCAAAUCACGCGUGAUCAGCAAACUGUUCUGGAACCGAACACAUCUAACAUCAUCAAACCAAUUGAAUCAGACCCUGGAAAGAUGGAAACAACGGAGCCAAGCGCGGCACCGGCUUCCGCAGGUACUUCCGCAGGAAAAACGGCUCCGAAAAAGGGGCCUGUCUGCAUCAUCGUGCUCGGAAUGGCUGGCUCAGGCAAAACCACUUUCGUGCGGAAGUUAGCCCAACACCGGCAUGCGAACGGUUCCUUGCCGUACUUGAUUAAUCUGGAUCCUGCGUGCCACGAAACACCGUAUCCAGUAAAUAUUGAUAUACGCGAUACGGUGAAAUAUAAAGAGGUAAUGAAACGCUACAAUCUAGGACCGAACGGUGGAAUCGUGACGGCACUGAACUUGUUUUCCACCAAAUUUGGCAAAGUAAUCGAGCUGAUAGAAAAGGCGAAGGAAACGCACGAAUACUGCGUCAUCGAUACGCCGGGACAGAUCGAAGUAUUCACCUGGUCGGCAUCAGGCACCAUCAUUACCGAAGCAUUGGCCACCGCCUUCCCGACCGUCAUAGUGUACGUGAUGGACAUCGUUCGUUCCACUAGCCCAACCACCUUCAUGUCCAACAUGUUGUACGCCUGCUCCAUCCUGUACAAAGCACGUUUACCGUUUGUUAUUGUGAUGAACAAAAUCGACAUUCAAGAACACACAUUUGCGGUGCAAUGGAUGCAAGACUUUGAAGCGUUCCAGGAAGCACUGGCAAACGAAACUGCCUACGUGAGCAAUCUGACUCGAACGAUGUCGCUGACGCUGGACGAGUUUUACCGCAACUUAAAAACUUGCGGCGUUUCGUCAACCACCGGAAUUGGAUUCGAACAAUUCUUCAUGCUGCUCAAUGAAGCAGUGCAAGAGUACGAAAGUGAUUACAAACAGGAGUACGAUAAACUGCGAGAAGAGAAAGCCAACAAAAAGCGCACUGAGGAACAAUCAACAAAAUCAGUCAGCGAUAUGGGUGAGGAAGUUCCGCUUGGCAAUGAGAGUGACAUCGUUACGGAUCGCAACGAUCCCAUCUAUCUAAAGCAUCCAGCAAACGAAAGUUCCGAUGACGAUGAAGGACACGAAGGCGAUGGUUCGGUAGUGGCCGUGGGUGACGACGAAGCGGAGGAGAUCAAUUUUAACAAUUUCAUCCAACAACACCGUCGACAGCAAGCCGAAAAGCAACAAAAACAAAGUACCAAAUAAAGCCACAACGCGAGAUGGUAUGAUGAAGGAUCACCGCA